AUGGUUUUCGUCGACAACAAGGAAGUCUCCAGCAAAGAGGAGGAGCGUUUGAAGGAAGACCGUGAACGAACCAAGUACUGGAAGAAAUGGGGGCCUUAUACCGCUGAGCGACAAUGGGCUACUGUCCGUGAGGAUUACUCCGCCGAUGGCGAUGCCUGGAGUUCAUUCACCUACGACAUGGCUCGGGCUCGUGCUUUUCGAUGGGGCGAGGAUGGUAUUGCUGGUGUUUCCGACUCGCACGGCCGCAUGAACAUUGCAUUUGCCUUUUGGAACGAGAAGGAUGGUCAUCUCAAGGAGCGUCUCUUUGGUUUGUCCAACCCUCAAGGUGUUCACGGCGAGAGCAUCAAAGAGUGCCAUUUCCACCUCGACAACACACCGACCCACUCGUACAUGAAGUUCCUCUACAAGCUUCCGCAGGAGGCUUUCCCAUAUGAAGACAUAAUCAAGGAGAACGCCCGAAGAAACAAGAUGGAGCGGGAGUACAAUCUUGUCGAUACUGGCAUAUUCAAGGACAACAAGUACUGGGWCAUUUUCAUCGAGACCGCAAAGGAGGCCGACAACCCAGACGAGUUGCUUUUCCGCGUGACYGCCUACAAUCGUGGUCCGGAACCUGCAAAGCUUCACAUUCUCCCUCAUGUCUGGUUCCGCAACACCUGGGCAUGGGGCCGUGACUCUUACAAGCCCAGCAUCACUCAGACAGAACCUCUAGUCUCCCACAUUCAACAUCGCGACCUCGGCGAUCGCUACUUCCAAUGCUCUCCUUCGCCAAACAGCUGCGGUAAUGAGGCCGAUAUUGAGCCCGAAUUCCUCUUCACAGACAACGACACCAACUUUGUUGAGCUCUGGGGAGCCAAGAAGAACAAGGUGCCGUACGUAAAGGACGCCUUCCACAAGCGUGUGGUUAAAGGGGAUAAGAAGGCUUGCAAUCCCGACCACACUGGUACCAAGAGCGCAGCUUGGUACGCUUUCGACCAGAACGAGGGUGUUGCCCCGGGCGAGUGCGCUGUCAUCCGCAUGCGGAUCUCCACCAAGAAGGAAGAGGGCUACCUGGAUGAAGAGCAAUUCGRUCAAAUCAUGGAAGACCGCCUCGCCGAGGCCGACGAGUUCUACUUCAAGAUGAACCCGAUGCCAAUGGCGGACGAUCUUCGCAACAUUCAGCGUCAAGCUCUAUCGGGUAUGAUGUGGUGCAAACAGUACUACCACUUCAUCUGGGACCAGUGRGCCAAUGGCGACCCCGCCAUGCCUCCUCCGCCGCCGGAGCGUAAAUCUGUUCGAAACGCCCAGUGGAAGCACAUGCAUUUGGAUGAUAUUCUCUCCAUGCCUGACUCCUGGGAGUACCCCUUCUUCGCCGCCUGGGACUCCGCAUUCCACUGCAUCCCGCUCUCCAUGAUCGAUCCCGAAUUUGCCAAGAAGCAGCUUGACCUCUUCACCCGUGAGUGGUACAUGCAUCCCAACGGACAGCUGCCUGCUUAUGAAUGGAACUUUGGCGACGUCAACCCGCCCGUCCAUGCUUGGGCUACCUUCCGAACUUUCAAGCUUGAGCGCAAGAUGUACGGGCGUGAGGAUCUUGACUUCCUCGAGCGUGUCUUCCAAAAGCUGCUCAUGAACUUCACUUGGUGGUGUAACCGCAAGGACGUWGAUGGCAAGAACGUGUUCGAGGGCGGAUUCCUCGGUCUGGACAACAUUGGUCUGUUCAACCGUUCAGACCCCCUGCCCACUGGCGGUAAGCUGGAGCAAGCAGAUGCCACCGGAUGGAUGGCUUUCUACUGCCUCAGCAUGCUCAACAUCGCCUUGGAGCUCGCCAAGCACCGUCGCAUCUACGAAGACAUCGCAUCCAAGUUCUUUGAGCACUUUGUUCUCAUCUCCGACGCCAUGCAGUACCGGGUCGGAUCCGAGUCCAAGUCACUCUGGAAUGACGAGGACGGUUUCUACUACGAUGCGAUCUCAUGGGGAGGACCCCACUCGCAUCAGAUGCACGUCCGUUCGCUCGUCGGACUCAUCCCCAUGUACGCCACUCUUACACUUGAGCCUCAAGUCAUUGACAGAUUUCCGUCGUUCAAAAAGCACAUUGAGUGGUUCUUGAAGAACAAGCACGACGUGGCGUCUCGAAAUAUUGCCAGCAUGGCUYGACGUGGAAAGGACAACCGUCUGAUGCUCUCUCUCGUGAGUGAGGACCGUCUUCGUUCCAUCUUGAAGUACAUGCUGGACGAGAACGAGUUCCUCAGUCCUUACGGCAUCCGAUCACUUUCCAAGUACCACAAGGACCAUCCCGUCACGAUGGACGUCAAUGGACAGCACUAUUCCGUCAGCUAUAUCCCAGGUGAUUCGGACAGUGGUCUCUUUGGUGGCAACAGCAAUUGGCGUGGUCCGACUUGGAUUGCCGUCAACUUCCUCCUGAUCGAGUCACUUUUGCGAUUCUACAUGUUCUACGGCAACACCUUCAAGGUGGAGUGCCCGACGGGUUCCGGCGAAUUCAUGCAUCUCGGCCAUGUUGCAGAGGAGAUUCAGCACCGACUGCAGCAUUUGAUGGCAGCGGAUCACACCGGCCGCCGCGCGAUCCACGAUGGCAAUGACAUGCUCGACUUUGACGUGAACUGGAAGGACAAUCUGUGGUUCUACGAGUUCUUCGAUGGUGAUACCGGCCGUGGUCUAGGUGCCAGCCACCAGUGCGGUUGGACCGGUCUGAUGGCCAAGAUUAUUCAAGAUACUGGCGUAAACUGCCGCCUGCCACAAACUCCACGAUCUCCAUCGGUGGCCGCCGCACAUUACUUUGAUGACACCUUCAGCCGUCAACGUCGGGCGUCUCUAGGACCGCGACGACCAACUGGCUUUGCUCGUUCUGUUACUCGCACUCGUUCCAUUGGCCAGCGUAGUGACUGGGGUAGCACGAAUGGUGAUAACACCGAGACUGGCGACAACACUGAGAACGGCGAGGAUGCUGACGAGGACGAACCCUCUGCCAAUGGCAAGCCUGAGCGUACUUGGAGCAUCUACAAGGAAGACGACUCUAGCAAGCCUCGUCCUGAGGAUGAUCCUGAUGACCCGAUCAACCGCUAUGUCCAGGACCAGCUCUCACGCAUCAAGAGUCACGAAAGUGCGGAGAUGGCCGAGGAGCUGUCGUCGCUGAAUGACGGCUCGAACGAUCAAGUUCGAGGUUGA